AGAAGGCGGCGCAGCUGCCACUUGUCUUGUGGGUCUCGGCAAUUUCCGCGAAUUUCCGCCAGCUGACGAACAGACGCGACCCAGCGACACUAGUUCAGUUCCAUCGUGCCCGCACUUUGACAAGCUAGAAGCACGGCGUGGCAACCAAGAGGAGAAGAGAGAGAGUCUGCCAUCCACCAGACCCUCUGCAAUUUCAUUGUCCACAACAUUUAUCCCUCAAGCUGACUCGGCAUGAAAGGGAACACCUCGUUUUCUCGUUUGUUCUUUUGUGUUUUGUUUUUCUCAACAGGUUUUCUAUUAUUCCCUCAGCAAAUAACAAGCCUGCGGGACCAGUCAGGAGAAAACCUUCCAAUUUGCAAAGAGUCAGAUUACUACUAUGAAUACACAGAGUGUGACAGUGUCGGCUCCAGGUGGAGAGUAGCUGUGCCUCACACUCCAGGGACCUGCACAGGACUGCCAGACCCAGUCAAAGGCACAGAAUGCUCGUUUUCCUGUGAAGCUGGUCAGUUCUUAGACAUGAAGAACCAAUCAUGCAAAGUAUGUGCUGCUGGUACUUACUCUCUCGGCACUGGCAUUGAAUUCAAUGAGUGGGAUGAGCUACCAUCAGGAUUUGUCAACACAGGAACAGCUCUAGAGUCAUCAGACAACGAGUCAACUGAGAAUUGCACCAUGUCAAAAUGGACCCUUAAAGGUGAUUUCGUGGCAUCCAACAGUGAUGAAUGCACAGCCACUCUGAUGUAUGCAGUGAACCUGAAACGAUCAGGCAGCAUCUCGUUUGAAUAUCAAUAUCCAGACACCAGCAUUUACUUUGAAUUUUUUGUUCAGAAUGACCAAUGUCAAGCAAUGGAUGGUGAAUCAAAAUGGAUAAGAAAAACAGAAAGAAAUGAAUGGGAUCAUCAUUCAGUACAGUUGAAUCAUGGAAAUAAUGUUUUGUAUUGGCGAACAACAGGCUUUUCAAUGGGUACAAAAAUGCUAAAGCCUGUUCUCAUCAGGAACAUUUUCAUCACAGGAGUAGCCUAUACAUCAGAAUGUUUUCCAUGUAAACCAGGCACGUUUAAUGCAAAACCUGGAUCCUCUCAUUGUCAUUUAUGUCCAAGAAACACCUAUUCUCCAAGAGCAGCAACUUCAUGUCAAGCAUGUGAAAAAGAUAAAUACUCAGAGCCUGGUUCAGGAACAUGCAAACCACGAUCUCCAUGCUCAGGGAAGGAUUAUUUCUCUACACACACACCAUGUGAUGUCGAAGGAAAGACACAGGUAAUGUAUAAAUGGAUUGAACCCAAACUCUGCAGUGAAGAUGCAAAGGGAGCAGUGAAACUUCCUGCGUCGGGAGCCAAGAAGUCAUGUCAGCCAUGUAACCCAGGCUUUGUCCAAAUUAAUGGUACUCAUAACUGUGAGCCAUGUCAGUAUGGAUUUUACUCAGAUGGAUCUCAAGAAUGUACUAAGUGUCCUGUUGGCACUGAACCAGUAUUGGGAUUUGAAUACAAAUGGUGGAAUACUUUGCCAAAAAAUAUGUUUAGUUCAUGUUUCAGUGGAAUGAAUCAAGACUGUGGAGAAACGCCAGGAUGGGAGGUAGCUGGAGAUCACAUACAUAGUUCGAUUGCAAGUGCUGGCAAUAAUUACUUGUUGCUAAUGAUGCAUGUUCCUGGAUUUAGACCCCCGCAGUCAACAGUAGAGAAUCUAGACAAUCCAGAAGUUGCUCGGAUCACUUUUAUCUUUGAGACAAUGUGCACUGCAGACUGCGAGUUAUAUUUCUUGGUGGGACCUACUAGAGAAAAUACAAGAUCAGUGGAAGUCUGGAAUGGCUCCAGGGAAAAGCAGUCCUACACAUAUGUGAUUGAAAGAAAUACAUCACUUGUUUUUAUGUGGGCAUUCCAGCGCACUGCUUCAUUUGAACAGAGUCGAGCGUAUUCCUCUGAUGUUGCCAAAAUUUACUCCAUCAACGUGACCAAUGUAAUAGGAGGCGUAUCAUCGUAUUGUGGACCAUGUGCACUGGAAUCAACCUCCUCAGGAUCUUCUUGUGUGUCAUGUUCACCAGGCCAGUACAUAGACAAGGAGUCCAGUAAAUGCCAAGCAUGUCCACCAAGUACACACCUCAAAGCUCAUCAUCAUUACGGAAAAGAAUCUUGUAUCCCAUGUGGACCCGGCACCCAAAAUAAUUUGAACCACACACUCUGUUACAACAAUUGCACAUUUAUAAUUCACAAAGAGCAUUGGACAUGGCACUAUGACUUCAGUCUUCUCAAUGAAUCCACGUCGAUUACAAGUGGCCCUCGUUUCACUCCAAAAGGAGUGCGAUACUUUCACCAUUUCAACAUGGGCCUCUGUGGAAAUCAGGGAAGGAAAUUGGCCUCUUGUGUGGAUAAUGUAACAGGUGAAGGUGUAAUUGAUAAUGAUGAAGGCUUUGCCAGAGCUGUCACAUCCUAUAUCUGCCAAUCUACACUUGUUCCAUCAGAUGUGACAGGAUUUAGGACAAUUAUGUCAGCCCAUCCCAUCAAUUUAGCAGAUCACUUGAUUGGAGUGACCACUCAAACCACACUGGAUAAUAUCACUGCUGACCCUGAUCUGUUUCCUAUUGAGAAAGACAGAACACUACCCGAUAUAAUCUUUAUUUAUAGGUCGACUGAGUCAACACAGACUUGCAAAAAUGGAAGAGCAUCCACAGUAAGAUUGAGAUGCAGUCCUGCAAAUGUCGGCUCAGGAGUCAUUUCAGUGCCAAGAAAAUGCCAAGAAGGAACGUGUGAUGGGUGUACAUUCCACUUCCUGUGGGAAACAGCAGAGGCCUGUCCUCUUUGUUCAAAAAGUGAUUACCAUGAGAUAAUUGGAGCAUGCAUUAAUGGAAUUCAGAAAACUACUUAUGUAUGGUCAGAGCCAAAACUAUGUAAAGAAGGUGUUGCAUUGCCAAAUGAAAAAGUAGUAACUUGCAAGACAAUGGACUUCUUCUUGAAGAUUGGAAUAAUCGCAGGGACAAUUACAGCCUGCUUAUUAAUCACCACAACAUGCUACUUUUAUAAGAAAAAUCAGAAGUUAGAGUACAAGUACUCCAAACUGGUGGUGAAUGCCAAUGCAAAGGAUGGUGAACUGCCAGCAGUUGAUAGCUGUGCUAUAAUGGAAGGUGAAGAUCUGGAAGAUGAUUUGAUUUUUAUGAGCAAGAAAUCAUUGUUCGGAAAGAUAAAGUCUAUUACUACUAAGAGAACCCCAGAUGGUUUUGACUGUGUCCCAUUGAAAUCUUCCUCUGGAUCAGCAGAUAUGGACAUGUAACAUGGUCUUUUGUGUGCACUACUUUGUAAACUAGCUCACUGAAGUGGCCUUUUUGAGACCUGUUUGAUCUAAAAACAGUUUAUUAAACAAAAGUUAUCAUUAGAAUGUAAAAUAUAAAUGAGGAUCAUUUUGUAUAAAUGGUACAAACAUUGCCUCAUGAUAGCUUUGCAACUGUAUUAUUUUAUGUAUGACAGUUUAAUUAAAAGGAUUAAUUUAUGUUUAAAUCUUUAAAGGGACAAAGGGAUUGAUGACAAUCAAAAAUACAUAUUAUGGAACCACUAAAAUGGAUUCUUGUUUGCCUCAAAAUCAGAAAUUAGGAAGUAGUUGAUUUUAAUACAGCUUCCAGUUAUUUGUAGAGUAAUGAAACUUAAAAGAUACAUCAGCUUCAAGACAUCAUCACUACAUCCUGAAAAUACUGCACCUUCAAGUAAUGUUAUUUUGUUACAAAUAUGUGGAAGCCACCAAUGAGUCAAAUAGUAUCUGGCUUCCAGUCUGAUCACAGUCAGAAUAGGCUUUAAUUACAAGUGCUGUUAAUUAUCUUCCUUCGCCUUCAGAAGAUCUUUUAACACAAACCACCUUGCCUCUGCAUUCCAGUGUACCAGUUCUGUGUUUUCCAUGCUGUGCAUCAAUGCUUGUACAACACUGUUCAUCUUUCUUGUGAAACAAACCCAAAUGGCACAGUGUUAGCAGUGCAGCUGACUUAAUGUCAAACAUUUCCAGUGGGAGUAAAUCCUAAUGCCCCAUUUUUCAAGAUGUUAAACUACUUCAUAAAACAAAAUGUCAGAAUUUAACCAAUUUUGAACAUCAGUAGCAAUGUAACAGAGAAGCAGUCAGUUUGUUUCUGAUGGUAAGAUUUUCAGAAAGUUAUUAUUAGACAUUGAAUUUUUAAAAUCUUUAAAAAUGGGGCUUAUUUAUUCUCAGAGUUUUUUCUCAGAGCUAUCCCUAAUGAAUUAUCCCAUUAAGGCCCUUAUAUUAUCAUUUAUUUUUCAUCCAUAUUUCAAAGCAAGUUGACUUUGUAUUUCCUGUUUUUUUGGACACAAUAAAGGGAAAAAUGAGUGUGGUACAAUAAAAAUCUUGAAAUGCAGUCAUGAAGAUCCUAUUCUGACAGUGAUUCAAUUAAAACUUCUUUUAUCUUAAAUGGACUUUGGGUUCAUAACUGUGCUAUUUCAUUGCAUGGAAAUGUUUUGCAUGUAGAAUUCUUUUUUUACUUUUUAAAAUUAAUAAUGAUGUUAGAUGGUCCAGUGAAUUCAGCAAUGCCCAAGAUUACUGCAGGGAAAUUCUUUUUAAAUAAGUGGAUUGCUUCUAGCCUGAUGUGUUGCAGACUUUGAGUGCAAACCCAUUUUAAUGUGCAUCAGCAAUUGCGUACUUUUCCUGAAGGCAUUUUAAAAUUCAUCAGGGUGAAGCAAUGAUGAUUAUAUGGCCAGUAUAUUAUUUUCUAAAAUUGCCGGAGUUGUGUUGAGCGCAAUUCAAAUCUGCCUUUAGCGUUAUUCAAACAGCUAAUUCAUUUUUAAAUUACUUCAUCGCAAAAAGUCUGGAACUGAGAUGGAUUCCAGUUGUGUUGGCUUUUCACAGCCAGUGAUAAGAUCUGAUUUUGGGGGGCUUGGAUAGUAUAUCCAACCUAUAAGGAUCUUACAUGUUGGGUCAGAUGUGUGUUCUUGCCAGCAACACGUCAAUUCAGCUGUUGAUAUUAUUAGCAAUGAAAAGUAUUGUAAACAGUGAAUAGAUAAAUCCAGAUCUCAGUCCAUACAGUAGCUACUUGCAUUUCUGCCAUUAUCUGACGAAGGCACACUAAUUUUGAACUGGGAAACCUUGCCUCCCAAAUAUAGGAUUAUAUGCUCCCGGUCACAUUUUCUAAUUUUUAAUCAAUUAAAAAUUUGUCAGACAUCAUUGGUUUACAUUACCAACUGUCUGCGAAUCUAUCAAUUUAAUCUGCAAUUCUUUGUAGCAUAAAAACCAGCAACUUAUUGAUCUGCUUAAUUGACCUGCCAGUUAACCAUUGAAAGAUGGGGGAAUAUCCCUGCAGGGAAGAAGAAGAACCAUUGACUGAAUAAACCAACAAAACAUUCACACUCAUGAUUGCACAUACCUUCUGUAACCAGCACAUCAAUCUCCUCUUGAUUUAAACUCUUCACGUUUCCGGCUGUUGAAAAGAUCACAGGACCAAAACCUUUUCCUAUUAUGGAUGCCAACAUGUUUGUGGAGUCUAGAUUAGAGUGGUGCUGGAA